AUGGCAACAGUGCAAGAAUUGCUGAGAGUGGUUUUGCAGUCUUCCUGCCUCCUGUGGUUGCGUGUGGCAGCUCUGAUCUUCACCUGUGUGGCCUUCAGUGUAGUAGCACAUGGAGAGGCAUUGAGCUGCGUUGAGGUCGACUUGUGUAUCUUCUGCUGGGCUUCCAGCUUCGCCGGUACCUCACUGGUUUUGCUGGUGGAACUUUUCGGCCUCCAGACCCGAAUCCCUGUCUCCUGGACCAACUUUCCAAUCACCUUCGCCUGCUACGCCUCUUUACUCUGCCUCUCCGCUUCCAUCAUGUUUCCCUGGAACUUUCUCAAGGGACUCAGCUCUCACGAAGAGAUUCGGAAUCCCCGCAUUGCUGCUACAGUCUUCUCCUGCCUGGCCACCGUCGCCUACCUGGGAGAGGUGAGUCUGUCCCGGGCUAAGCCGGGAGAGGUGGCCGGCUACAUGGCCACAGUCCCAGGGCUCCUGAAGGUGUGCGAGACUUUCGUGGCCUCUGUUAUCUUCGUCUUCAUCAGCAACCCGGUGUCAUACAAUCAGCACGCCGCCCUGAAGUGGUGCAUGGCUGUCUACUGCAUCUGUUUUGUGUUGUCGGCUGCCAUCGUGGUGCUUUGCAUGGGUGAGUGCACGUGCUGCCUGCGUUUCCCCCAUUUCCUGUCCGUGUACACCUUCCUGGCCGUCGUCAUGUACCUCACGGCCACCAUCAUCUGGCCCGUGUUCAAAUUCGACAUCCAUCACUCUAGUUUGAAGCCUAAUGAACACAACCAGACUGGACUAGUGGCCAUAGCUGUGCUCACCGCUCUCAAUUUCCUCAUAUAUGUGGCAGACUUGGCCCACUCUCCCUGCCCAUGGAAAAGAAGUGGAGGAGGAGGAGGAGACGAAGAAAGAGCUCCACUGGUACAACCCUGA